AUGGGCAACAUUCUUUUCCGGUUGCUCAAUUUGAGGGCCCCGCGGGAGAUUUGCCAUGACGACGGCGGCGGAUGCUACGAAAACAUCAUUUCAAAACCGCUGGUAGCACCCGCGGCAGAAGCCCCGAGCAUCAAGGGCCUCAGGAGAAUCACCUUCGGCCGCAAGUCGACGCAGCCGGGGAGCCGCAGGGUGAUCGGUGGCUAUCCGAAAAAUUAUCACUGGUGA